AUGUAUACCCUUGUUCGCGGGUUCUGUCGUCGUAUGGUUAAGAAAGAUGAAUAUUCUGUACUAAUCUUGGGUCUAGAUCAAGCUGGAAAAACAACUUAUCUUGAGCAAGCCAAAACAAAGUUCAAUGAAAAUUAUAGAUCGAUGCCUUUGCACAAAAUCACCUCAACUGUGGGAUUGAAUAUUGGGCAAAUCGCACUUGAAGGUAUUGUCUUGAAAUUUUGGGAUCUUGGUGGUCAAACUGAGCUGCAAUCACUUUGGGAUAAAUAUUAUAUGGAAUCCCAUGGGGUUAUAUUUCUAAUUGAUUCUUCUGACCCGGGUCGCUUUAAUGAGUCCAAAGAGGCUUUUGAUAAAAUGAUUCAAAAUCACGCACUAGAAGGUGUUCCACUUUUAAUAAUUGCUAACAAGCAAGACCUUGAUCAUGCAUUCCCGGCUUCCGAAGUAAAGCAGGUCUUUCAGGAUAGUGCUCAUUUAAUGGGAUCUCGUGAUUGUUCUAUGCGUGGAGCAUCUGCUCUUAAAGGUGACGGAGUUAUUGAUGCAAUUCGGUGGAUGGCAGAUAAAAUCAAGAAAAAUUCCAACCAAAGGCCUCCAAUUGCUGAAUAA